AUGAGUGAUACUAAAGUGGACAUUCUCAAAUUUGCAGACAAAGAUGGUGAAUACAAACGUAAGCCAAGCGUUUUCAGAGACUUUAUCUCUUCCAAAGCUGGCGCUAAAUUUCCACCAGAAGCUGGGAGGUAUCAUCUAUAUGUCUCCUAUGCUUGUCCAUGGGCCCACAGAACCUUGAUUGUGAGAGCUUUGAAAGGAUUGACAGCACUAAUUGGAGUCUCCGUUGUCCAUUGGCAUAUGGAUGAUAAAGGAUGGAGAUUCCCAUCCAACGAUGACCCAUGCGAAGGCGCUACUGAAGACAAGAUUUACGGAGUCAAGAGACUGAGGGAGCUUUAUUUUAAGGCAGAUGAAAACUACAAUGGUAGGUUCACUGUUCCAAUUCUUUGGGACACUAAGACUGAGACCAUUGUGAACAACGAAUCCUCGGAGAUCAUUAGAAUGUUGAACUCCGAGUUCAACUCUUUACUUGACGAGCAUCACGCGAAAAUUGAUUUGUAUCCUUCGGACCUUCAGCAGCAGAUUGACGACUUGAAUGACUGGAUUUACCCAAACAUCAAUAACGGAGUUUACAAGGCGGGCUUUGCGACUAAACAAGAACCUUAUGAAAAAGAAGUCAAGGCACUUUUUGAGAAACUUGACAAAGUUGAAGAAAUCCUGGGAAACCGGUAUCACCAUGGCGAACAUUACCUAACGGGAAACAUUUUAACGGAGGCGGAUGUCAGAUUAUUCACCACCAUCGUUCGAUUUGACCCGGUCUACGUUCAACAUUUUAAGUGCAACUUGAAAAUGAUUAGGUACGAUUAUCCCCACAUUCACCAGUGGUUGAGAGAGCUAUAUUGGACAAUUCCAUCUUUCAAGGAUACGACCAACUUCAGUCACAUCAAAUUCCACUACACCAAAUCGCAUGUUGGAAUUAAUCCACAUCACAUCACGCCUAUCGGGCCAAUCCCAAACAUUGUGCCGCUCGGCAAAUUCAAAUAG